GACAAAUUACAGCAAAAUUAUAUAUAUUGGUUCUAUUUCUCAUUUCACCUAAACCCUAAACACUGGAACUUGCUGUCUUGCUUACGAUUUAUUGUGGGUUUCUCCUUCUCUUCCUUCCAAUUCGAUGUGAGGCACUGAGGACUGAGGAACAAUUGUUUCGGAUUUAUUGAGAGGCAGAGAGCUAUAGCUAUCUUAGAAACCCAAGCCCACCUGAAGUUUCAUUCCUGAAUCCGCCACUGGACUCAGUCAUCAUCUUCAUCGCCGCAACAUGGCCUUCUCCGAGUUCCAGCCAUUGAACGACAAGUCGCUUGUAGAUUACAUAAAGGCCACACCUUCCCUCUCUUCCAAGCUCAAGGAUCACCUAGACAACUUGACCAUCAAGGAAGUCGGCGAUGGCAAUCUCAAUUUCGUCUUCAUCGUUGUUGGUUCUCAUGGCUCUUUUGUCAUCAAGCAGGCUCUUCCUUACAUACGUUGUAUAGGUGAGUCAUGGCCAAUGACAAAGGAAAGAGCUUAUUUUGAGGCUUUGGCAUUGAGAGAGCAUGGUUGUUUGAGUCCUGAUCAUGUGCCUGAAGUUUAUCAUUUUGAUCGGACUAUGUCUUUGAUUGGCAUGCGCUAUUUGGAACCGCCACAUAUUAUACUGCGAAAGGGAUUGAUUGCUGGAAUUGAGUACCCUUUGCUGGCUGACCACAUGUCAGACUAUAUGGCAAGGACUCUGUUCUAUACUUCUCUCCUUUAUCGUAAUACUAUCGACCACAAGAAAGCUGUUGCUGAAUUUUGUGGAAAUGUGGAGUUAUGCAGGCUCACUGAGCAAGUUGUUUUCUCUGACCCUUACAAAGUAUCUGAAUAUAACCGCUGGACUUCUCCUUAUCUUGAUUCUGAUGCUGAGGCUGUGCGAGAGGACAAUGCUUUGAAGCUUGAAGUUGCUGAGUUGAAAUCUUUGUUCUGUGAGAGAGCCCAAGCCCUAAUACAUGGGGAUCUUCACACUGGUUCUGUAAUGGUGACUCCUGAUUCAACUCAAGUUAUAGAUCCAGAAUUUGCAUUUUAUGGACCAAUAGGUUUUGAUAUUGGAGCUUUUCUGGGAAACUUGAUUUUGGCUUUCUUUGCACAAGAUGGGCAUGCUGAUGAACAAAAUGAUCGAAAAGCAUACAAGGCUUGGAUUUUGAGGAUAAUUCAAAAUACAUGGAACCUUUUUCACAGAAAAUUUAUUGCACUAUGGGAUGCAAACAAAGAUGCUGGUGACGCGUAUCUUCCUGCAAUUUAUAACAACUCUGAGCUUCAACAGCUUGUACAAGACAAAUAUAUUAAAGAAUUGCUUCAUGACACCCUUGGAUUUGGUGCUGCGAAAAUGAUAAGGAGAAUUGUUGGUGUGGCACAUGUCGAAGAUUUUGAAUCAAUCACUGAUGCUAGCAAGAGAGCAUGCUGUGAGCGACGGGCACUGGAGUUUGCAAAGCUGAUUCUUAAGGAGAGGAGAAAAUUUCAGAACAUUGAAGAAGUUGUUUCAUCUGUUCAACAAAUCCAGUAAUGACAAAUGAUGGUUAAUACCUAUUGUUAUACCAAAUAAAAAACGUGGCUCUUUUAUGUUACAUAUAUAUAUAUAUAUAUAUAUAUAUAUUAACUUUGCUAUGAUGUGUGAGUGCUUAUUGUUCCACUUGAUCACCCUCGUCUCCCUUUCUUGAGCCAGAUUUUACAUUAUUUUAGAACAUAUUGGCAAAAACAACAGCCCUAGUGAGUUUGAGAGUGUUUUCUGGAGCAAGGGAGAUUGGAGGUUGAAGCAAAUUGUUGAAAUUUUUGGGUAGUGUUAAUCCAUAAUGAAUUGUGCAUUUUAUAUCUUAAA